CCCUCACUAUAAGACACGAUUUUUCAACUUUUAUUUUAUGCGGUUUUAGACCAUAUAUGUACCAUAUCAACUUUAUCCCUCUUCUACCGACUUAUAACCUUUACCCCGUCCUAUUUAAGAUACCCACGUUAUUUGUUCCAUCCAAAGGUUCGAAUACAAACAUUUCUGACCCAAAAUCCCUUCCAAUUAUUCAAUGUUCUACUUGUGCUCCAGGAGAAACAUGGAAGGAUACUGAACAGAAAUAUACAACAAUUACUACGAAAAAUUUUGGCUUUAUUCUGAAUAAAAAUGUCUCAUCAGGCAAGUGUGAAAAAUGCCCUCCAAAUACUUUUAAAACAACUGAAGGAAUUCAAAAUUGUAUUCCAUGUCCAAAUGGAAGAAUAACUGGGGGUGUAUCUGGCUGUAUAUAUUUAUCCGAUUGUUAUAAAAAUUGUUCUCCAGGCUAUAUUUAUAAUUGGGAAAAUGAUAAAUGUAUUCCUUGUCCUCGUGGUCAGUUUAUGCCUUAUAGUGGAAGAUUAAAAUGUUUGGCAUGCCCAAUAGAUAGAACUACUGUUGGGGAGGGCUCAAUUAGUAAAGAAGAAUGCUCGAUUAAAUGUAAAGAUGGAGAAGAAAUGGGGCAAAACGAACAAUGCCAACCCUGUAUGAAAGGAACAUUUAGGGAAGGAUUAAUGAGUGUAUGUCAACGAUGUCAAAUUGGUUUUACAACAAAAAAAGAAGGGUCUGUAAAUUCAAAAGAGUGCAACCAAAUUAAUUGUCCCCCUGGCUAUUUUGCAAAUAAUAAAUUAAUUAAUGAAGAAAUUAAUUUAAAUUUUGAAUUUUUACAAAUUUGUUUACCUUGCCCUAUUGGUUAUUAUGAGAAUGAAUAUGGCUCUAAUAAAUGUAAAAAAUGUCCAGAGGGGUAUAUAACUAAACAAUUAGGUGCUAAAAAUAUUUUUGAAUGUGAUCAAGUAUGGGAUGGAAGUUGUAAACCUGACCAGCCAGAACCUUGUCCUACUGGAAGUGAAUGUAUACAAAUUAGAGGGGAAAUAUUUGAAUGUAGAAAAAUAUUUGUUGAAUUUUUAAAUAAUGAACAAGUAAAUUUGAUUUAA